AUGGAUACUCUUUGUUUGGAUAUUUCAACAAAUAGAUUUUCAAGAGAUUUAUUGCAGAGGUUCAAGGGUAGUAGUAGUGCAAAUGAGGCAGUGAAAGAGGAGGAUCAGGAGAUUGAGUUGAAUCUAGGACUGUCAUUAGGAGGGAGAUUUGGUUUGGACAAGAGUUCCAAGAAGUUGGUGAGGUCUUCUUCUGUAGCAGAGUGUUUACCGGUGGUGAGAGAUGAUAAUGAUGCGGUGGCACCACCAUCGGUGGCUUAUAAAGGCCUAUUGAGGACCUCUUCACUGCCUGUGGAGACGGAAGAGGAAUGGAGGAAGAGGAAGCAGUUGCAGACCUUGAGGAGAAUGGAGGCUAAGAAAAGGAGGUCAGAGAAGCUGAAGAAUUUAAAGGGUGACAAGGAAGCUGGUGGAGGUCGUGGUGGUGGAAAUUUAAGUCUGGAUGAGAAAAAGGAAAUUGAGGUUAAUUUGAGAGAGAGAUUGGAUAGAGAGAAAUCUUUGGUUGCAACAAAGAGGUCAGGUUUGCCAUUCCCAUUGUCCACCGCUAAUGAUCAGUCAAUUCGAGGUGGGAUUGAUGAGGCAAUGGCCCAAGGGAAGGGACAAUAUUUGGGAGAUAGUAGAGGGAUGCAAAAGUCAAUGGAAUCAAAAGGGGGGAGUUCUUCGAGUAUGCCUGAAUUGGACAGUAGAACUUUUGGAGGAUCCAGUAGAGGUGGUGAACUGAGCCCUGGCAGUAUCCAAUCUUUGGGAGAGGGAAUCAAUCAGGAUGUUGGCUCAUCUGGGAUGAAAGCAAGAGAAAAUAUGAGCAGAAUGACUCGACCUGACACAGAGAGUCUAUCUUUAAGAUCUGAUGUUGUAAGAAAUCGAGGAAGGAAAAUUGGAACCAAUGCAGUGGAGGAUAUGCCUCAUGUUUUCACAAAGGGAGAUGGUCCUAAUGGUAGGAGAGUGGACGGGAUACUAUACAAAUAUGGAAAGGGAGAAGAAGUGAGAAUAAUGUGCGUAUGCCAUGGCACCUUCCUCUCACCAGCCGAGUUUGUCGUGCAUGCUGGAGGCAGCGACAUAGAUAACCCGCUCAAGCACAUAGUUGUGAAUACAAUCUCUUCUUCCCUGUUAUAG